AUGAGUCUGAAAUUAAAGCACCAGCUGUUUCUUGUCUCAGCUCUCUCCCUUCUGGUGAUAGGAGCCAUACUCACGACCCUCUUCAUUACCACCACGCCCAGAGCCAACGAGUACUUCAUAGCGCAGAGCGACAGCACCACAGACAGCGAGCUGCUCGAGCAGUUCAGUUAUCAAAAUAUUAAAAAGUGUACAUGGUACGACAUUCUGUACGAGUUUUCAAUUAUCAGAACAGACGAAGACCUAGACAGCGACAGCGGAAGCAUAACAUUCUUCACACAGAUAGACAUGAACACGCCCAUAACCAGCCUAACGCACAUAGGGCCUCCGUACACGCAGAGCCAGAGGGAGUAUGUUGAUUUCCAGAACAGCUCGGAGGUUCACAGAUUUCAUUUCACAGAAAGCGCAGAGCCCGCAGUGGAGUACAUGAUAUACGCAAAAACACUGAACUUAAGGAACAGACAAACAGCUGUGUGUGCGUUCUACAUGGAAGACGGCGAGAUGAAGGGCUAUGUCCUGAACAAUGUCCUGCUCAGAGCCAGAGAAACCGUGGAGAUAUCGCUGCAGCUGGAGGAAGAGAAAAACUUUGUAACAAUACUGGACUUUGAUGGAAACCAGACAAACUUUCCAGCGAGCGAAUAA